AUGCAUCUCAGCCCGUUGCAAUCGCGGCUCGCCGCCUCACUUGUGGCCUCCUGCCUGCUGAUUCUACUCUACCUCGUCCUAUUCCCGCCAAACUUCGCCCUUGCCGCCGAGCUGAACGAAGCAUUGCCCGUUGUAUUCGAUGAUGUCGACUCCGCCGUGCCGCCCGGCCCGAUAUAUGAGGCCGAAUUCUCAGCCUUCGAUCGGAGCAUUAUUGGACGAGCUACGCGUGAUGUGAUCCCACUCGACAACGACGAGCCUCUCCCCAUGAACGUGGACCAAGGGGUGACACAGCCGUUCGUCUUUCUAUUACCCCCAGUAUCUGAGCGGAAGGCGGGGGAGGAUCGGUUGGAACUGAGACGUGAACACAAUGCCCCCGGGGAAGGACACGCUAGCGCUGGCGCCGGCGCCACGGAGCUUGAGGGCGAUAGAGAAGAUGGAGGCCUGGACGUUGAGAAGAGACAGGCAGGGCAGAAGGUGUACAUCUCAGCAAAUACUUGUUUGCAACCGCAGCCGAUCGACCCCUCAAAGACAACGGGAGCCCCACCCCAGCUCAAGCUUUACGUGUCGACAUCCCCCGACAAUACGGCCCCUGGGCCUCUUGCGGACCAGGCAACCCAGGAUAUGUUCGACUUCAAGGAAGGAGCAGUUGCGUACAGCAUCACCACCGACAGGGAAGUCUACAUUGGCAUAUACGCACCGGACUCGGAAACUUUCUCGGGCACAUACAACGUGAGAAUCACGGCGUCGACAGACAGCCAAUAUUACACCUACAGCAAGCGCGGUGUUGAAGAUUUGAUUUUGGUUGACAGCGACUCGCAAGGAGCGUUGCUGAUUACCCAAAGUUUGACGGAUUCCAAAGACCCGAACGAGCAGGCCGCGGUCAUGCGAACACAGCCAUAUGUGCUAUUUGCGCACAAUAAGAAAGACAGGGCCAUCAACGGCGUGAAGCAUUCGUACUGUGGGCUGUACAACUACGCACAGAUUGCGGCCACUAAGGACGAACGGCAGACGGGUACGGUCAAAACGAGCAUGACGAAGAGGCAUGGAGAUGUGCCGAAGCAACAGUUCUUCUUCAUCGGACUUAAUUCUUCUGCCGAGUACAUCGGUAUUCUGGUGAAAGAUGGCGAAGAUGGUGGUAAUUUGGGGAAGCGGCAGACCGCUUUUGAGAGGGGGCCUCAGGUGUUCGAGGCGAUGGAGUUCACUACCAAGUCCGACCACGGCAACUGUGCGUUGGUCAUCGACCUCUCCUUCUGCGACAAAGUUGCCUACUCGGUCCCGAGCAACCCCAACUUCGGCAACUCGUCCCGGCUAGCCGAGUUCUACGACAACUACGCGGCAUCCGUGUACGCCAACUUUGACAAGUCCCUCGCCCAGGUCGCCUGCGAGGCGCCCUCCAGCCAGCUCUACUCGCUGGCGCGCAACUGCACCAGCUGCGCCGCCGACUACAAGGACUGGCUCUGCUCCGUCACGAUCCCCCGGUGCGAGGACUUCUCUAACACGGCCGAGCACCUGCAGCCGCGCGCCGUCGGGCAGCCGUUCCCCGACGGCGAGACCCUCGACGAGGCCACCCUGGCGCCGUUCCGGAAGAGGGCGAAUAGGGCGGCGUUCAUGAACAGCCGCAACCCGCUGAUCGAUGAGAUGAUCAAGCCGGGCCCGUACAAGGAGGUGCUGCCCUGCGACAAUCUUUGUUAUGAACUAGUGCGGAGCUGCCCGGCGUCGAUGGGCUUCGGCUGUCCCCUGCCCGGCGGGGUGGGCUUCGAAGGGAACUAUAGGGUGCAUAAGCCGUCCGAGGGGCUGACGUGUAAUUUUCCGGGGGCGGCGCACACCCCGUCCGCGGGCGGGAGGGCAGUGGUGGAUUGGGGGGUUAUGGUGGUGGUGAUGGCUGUCGGGUUGCUGGUCGUAUGA